AUGAACAAGGCCGUGCGCCGUGAGAGUUCCCGUAAGGGCGAUAAGACCGGAUACUCCGGUAUUGAGGCACAACAACAGAUCUAUGACUGGGAGGAUAGUGCUCACCAUACAGAGCAGCAAAUUAAAUCACCUCCUUAUUUCUCCCCAGUGUUGGGAUCUCAGCACGGCCUGCCAACGCCCCCUGGCUCCCUAGGACCAACCCGCACCCACACUCCGAGCGCCAGGCGAUCCUACGAGGUCAGUCAUGAUUCUGCUUGGGAUCAUAACAGCGCGAAUCUGCAGUCGUACCCAACGCCCCCUUCAACCCCGUCAAUCGUCAGCCACCCCACUGGUAAUCAAUCAGGGGAUGACCACGCGAUAGACGCAGACUAUGAAACCAUGGACGGGGAUCUAUACGAGAGUUUGCACCGAGUGAACGAGCAGAUGAGGAUCCUUCGAAAGACGAGGUCCAACUCCCGAACGCAAAUACGUCGCCUGAAAGAAAAGCAUAGCGCUGCUGAAGCGCGUCUCAGGUUGGUCACAGAGGAGAAUACUCAACUACACCGGGAAGCUGCGUAUGACAGGGACCGGAUUAUCCACUUUGAGCGUGUCGUCCAUAAUCUCAAUUACAUGGUGGAUCAGGGAAAGGAUGAUGUUGCUAAUGCAUUGAGAGAAAUAGAGUGUCUGGAGGAUCAGGUGGUGAGCUUGAAGAAGAGGCCGUGUGAGUUUGAUGAGGAGGAGGAACGGUCCACGAAGAGGGGGAGAUUAUUCUAG